AUGACUCGGUUUACCGACGGUAGCGAUUUCAAAAGCUACUCUUGCUUGCCUUGUCGGCAGCGAAAGGUCAAAUGCGACCGGCGUGCUCCGUGUUGCAACUGCGUCAAGGCCGACAAGCAAUGCAGCUUCAUUCCCCCGGUGCGCGGGAAACGUAAAAGAACCAAGCCUCCUCGAGAGGGUCUGCACGCCAAACUAGAACGGUAUGAGAAACUGUUGAGUUUACAUGGCAUCAAAUCUGAGCCAUCCGACGAUCUGGAUGACUCCGACUCCGAAACUGAUACGUGCAUGGACGAGGAUGCCAAUGCCGUGGACACCACGCUCGAAGAGACGAAGCCAAAACUCAUCAUACGAGAAGGGGUAUCCAGAUACUUUGACAGUGCACCUUGGUCUAUCUUCGGCGGCGAGUUUCAACAUCCAGAGGUCGGUGGUACUGUGGAUGAAUCGUUUUCCGACGAAAAUGGGUUGUUCUUCGGACAGAAUGAGAAAUUCGAAAAUCUUGCAAGCCUCCACCCCUCUGUGCAGAUACUGCCAAAGCUAAGGGAUAUAUAUGCCGAUCGGGUUGACCCUUUGGUUAAAAUCCUGCAUCUUCCGACAUUCUCGACUGCGUUAGCAAAUGGGCUGCGGCAUCCAGCGGAGCGAUCCAAAAGCUUAGAGGCCCUGAUGUUCUCUUUCUACCUGGCGGUCGUUAGUACUCUCAACGAAGACGAGUGCCAGGAUCUAUUUGGACUCUCGGAAUCGGUCGUGUAUGCCCGCUAUAGACUCGCAACUCGGCAAGCUUUGAUCGAUGCCAGAUUCCUGUCGACUUCCAAUCCGAUGACUCUUCAGGCAUAUGUAUUGUUCAUGAUGUGCGUCCGAAAGAGUUACUCGUGCGACACCUUAUUUGUCUUGUCCGGCGUCGCCAUCCGGCUGGCACGCAAAAUGGGAUUCCACCGUGAUGGCUCAUUUCUCGGGCUCUCGCCAUUCGACGCGGAAAUGCGAAGACGGCUAUGGUGGUAUUUGGUCCAUGUGGACUUUCGCAUAGCCGAUGUCCUGGGGACCAGACCAUCAAUGGAUAUUUCCUGCGCGGACACAAAGACGCCACUCAAUGUUGAUGACGAGGAUCUCCAUCCAGACAUGACUGACCUGCCGCCUGAACGCAACGGCAUUACCUCUAUAUCCCUUUGCCUGAUCAGACACGAGAUGCUGGUCGCCUUGCAUGACUUUUCGACAUCGUCUGCUGCCGACAUGCGCUGGGAAGUAGUACUGGGGCCCAAUGUGCCACCCGCCAAAAAGGACAAUAUCAUCAGCCGGAUUGAGGAUCAUUUAGAGCGAAAGUACUUGCGGUAUUGUGACCCGGCAAACCCGCUCCAUACUUUCGUAUCCAUCAUGAUCCGGUUCUCCAUAUGCAAGAUGAAGCUCGAUGCUCAUAAUCCGCGCCAAUUCGCCAGGAGUCCCCCGAAAGACCUUCAAACCGAGCGCGACAUUGUAUUUACUAAUGCCAGAAAGCUACUGGAAUAUGUCACCUUGGUACAAGGCGGUCAUCGUGGUCUGGAGAAGUACACAUGGCAAAUCGGCACAAGCGCGCUGUGGAUCGCAAUGCUAUACGUGCUUAUCGAAGUUCGACAUCGCAGAACUGGGCUGGAAGUAGACCGGUCCUGGCAGUUGAUCGGAGUCGUAUUCUCCUGCCCUCGCAUGUUUGGUAGAACCCCUAAACCUGUGGAUACGGUGCUCUGCAAGUGGACACUGGAGGUCUGGGACCACUAUGUUGCCGCUUCGAAGGCUGAGGGGCUGCCGGAACCAUCGACGCCGGAGUACAUUAAUGCGAUUCGUGGUAGGACCAGGUCAACAGGGGAACUAUCUCGAACUGAACAUCUGUCUGUGCACCGUGGUCCUGUUGAUGAAAGUUCGCUCGGCUGCAAGCAAAUACAAUCCAACGGACAUGAAACUCUUUUUGAUUUCGGAUCUCUUGACUCUUACGACUUUCCGGACAUCCUCUCUUUCGAAAUGGACUCGAAUGAAUGGGUACAGUGGGAGCAAUUGGUUGCCGAGGGAGGCCGCCCCUGA